AGGGAGAGAGAGAGAGAGAGAGGAGGAAUGCCCCCUACCAUCCCUCCCCUCCUCCACCCCCUCUCUCUCUAUCUCUGUACAGGACUGCCUGCCAGCCCGUCUACUAGUCUAGAGUUAUUCCAGGAAUGCGUUGAACAUGGCUGCCGCGAUGAAGGCGCAGAAAACGGGACUGCUGGAACUCCGAGUGACCGUGGACCGCUGGAUCCGGGUGUUGGCCACUCUCACCGAGGACACGCUCACGGUGAACCCCGGGGAGGGCGCCGAGGAGCCCGCGAAGCCGCAGCCCAACGCCGGUACCGGUGCUCUCAACGGAGACCCCCCGAACCUCAGCAGCUCGUCUUCUCCGGUCCCGGAAACCAUCACCAACGUGAAACGCACCGUGAGAGUUACCAAGCAAGAUGUUGGAGGACUCGGGAUCAGUAUUAAGGGUGGGAAGGAGAACAAGAUGCCAAUCCUCAUCUCCAAGAUUUUUAAGGGCCUGGCUGCUGACCAGACGGAGGCGCUUUAUGUCGGUGACGCCAUAUUGUCUGUCAAUGGCUAUGACUUACGGGAGGCCACGCACGAUGAGGCUGUGCAAGCGCUGAAGAAAACUGGCAAAGAAGUUAUCCUUGAAGUGAAGUACAUCAAGGAGAUGUCGGCCUUCUUUAAAAACUCGGGGUCCCCUGGGGCAGCCCUCCCCUGGGACUCUCCCCCCUCCACGCCUCAGAGGGGCUCUGAACUCUCACCUGCCGAGGUGAAGGAGCCCCGCAGCAUCCCGCUGAAGAUGUGCCAGGUGUCACGGAAACAGUGCCCCCCGGACACAGAAAACAGGUAUUUCGAGGUGAUUUCGUUCAGCAGAAAGAACUCCGUGUUCCUGCGGGCGAAAGACCCAGCCAUGGCUCAGUCCUGGUACAACGCCAUCCAGGCCGGCGCUGCCAACCUUUUACCACGAGUGAAGGAGGAGAUGAAGAGCAUGCAACUUGGCACGGAGGUCAAACAUCUGGGUUGGAUUACGGAGCAGGUGACCCAGGGUCCAGAGAAACCAAUACUGGCCAUGUUGACUGACAGAGACCUGCUCCUCUAUCCCUCCUUGCCUGAAAGCAAAGAGAGCCUCAGCAGCCCCACCAAGAGUCACCCGCUCAUUGCUACCAGACUGGUCCACUCCGGCCCAGGGAAAAGCUCUCCUCUCCUGGACUCCGACCUCUCGUUUGGCCUGCGUUCAGGCACUAAGCAGGGCGUGGAGACCCAUGUGUUCAGGGUGGAUUCUGCCAAGGAGCUGUCCACCUGGACUCAUCUGCUGGUGGAGGGCUGCCAUAACGCCGCUGAGCUCAUCAAGGAGGUCACCACGGCCUGUAGUUGGAACGGGAAGGAGUGUACCCUGGGAGUGCACAUUGACGAGGGUUUCACACUAUUCACAGAAGAGAUGGGUGUCAGGAAAAGUAUUCUACUUCAGCAGCCCUUCGAGCGCCUAAGAAUGUCCUCAGAUGAUGGAGUUCGCAUGAUGUUCCUCGACUUUGGAGGCCCGGAGGCCGAUAUUCAACUGGACCUCCACUCUUGCCCCAAGACCAUAGUCUUCAUCAUCCACUCUUUCCUGUCUGCUAAGGUCAAGCGACUCGGCCUCCUGGCAUGAUAAUGGCCGACCAUCCAGAACAUCAACGAUAGGAAUAUUCAAUAAAACACACAGCAGCCAGAAGCCUCUGAAACACCAGAGGAUGUGGUCCCGGGAAAAGAUGCCGACUAACCCCCUUCUUUUCAGCCCUCCUGGGCCUCUAAAAUAGAUUGUCUCUCUCUGGUCAGGCACCUGCUGGUCUUUCUAGGAGAAUGAAGAGAAAACUGCGACAUUGAUGGACCUUUUGUUGAACUUUUAGUUGCAAGGUAAAGAGAGGUUUUUACAGACGGCGUAAGUCAGCAGCCAUUUAGACGAUCUGACGUGUCAAAUCUGUUAACGGUGGGUCAUCACACUUUACGAUGGCAAACUGUGUGAAAUGACAGCCUGCAUCUUAAUGUCUCUAAGCUUGAAGUCCCAGACAUUUUUCUGUUUUUUUGCCCCAUUGUUCAGUUUUGUUUUGUUUCAUGAGUCACGGCAGGCCUUUGUCACGAGCAUCCUUUCAUCUUUCAAUCGUUGCUUUAUGCGCUGUGAGCAGUCAUAACAAAAGUUAUUUCACAAAUGUCCUGAUUGAUGUUGGACAAACAUGUUUUUUUUAUAUAAAGGCAGCUUCAGUGGAGUGACAGAAUGACAUGACUGAUCACUACAUGAUCAAUAGUCAGACAACUAUAACUAUAUGCUUUUUAUGUGGAUGCUUAAGUUGCCUUUACCCUGGAUUUUCAUGAAAAAGCUACUUUUUGUUGAAGACAAAUGCCAAAUCAAAUAUAUUUUUUUCAUAGCAGCUGAGCAACUUCUUAUUAUAAUUUCCUCUCCGUCUCUCUUCUUCUGUUUUAAGCGUGCUCAUCCACGAGCCUAACAAAGAGAAAUGACUAACAGAGUAUAUUAUAAGAGGCUUUUUUUUGUAAUUUGUGUUUUAGCUUAACCAAUAAAUUAGAUAAAAACUUUUUUUUUUCCCAACGAAAACAGACACCUUCCUUGAAUCUAGAUGGCCUCAGCAGUUUCAUUUAAUAUCAAGUACAAAAUAAGAGCUCUUGUGUUUUUGGAGUCCUACCGACAAAGGCUGUUCCGUAAUCAUGUAUUGAUGGAUGACAAACAGUUGGCUGAAAGAGUUUCCAGUCCAGCUGAGCUUCUUCUCCUGUGUGGUUAAGUUUUCAAGUUUAAACUGAUUUUAUAAUACAGUGUUUUUCACAAUUUAAUCAUGAGAGGACAAACGGUCUUCAUUAGAAAGCACCAUUUUCUACACAAUUUGUCCAACAUUUAAAGAUGUUAAUUUACCAUAUAAAAGAUGUUGAGUUGUUUACACCAUAAAGUUUUUGUUUUUUUUCUUUCAUCAUUUGUGUCGACUGAACAUCCACAACUUGGGGCCUUCUCUCUGUGUCCAACACUAAACAGACUUGUAUUAAUAUAUAUUUCAAAACUAAAACCUGUUUGCUUUCAAGAAUAAAAUGUAUUGUAUAUUCUUAUUUAAACAAAGGUGUGCCUUGCAGGGUUGUUUGUAUAUAAACAUGUAAUAAACUUUGUUAACUUUUA